UCUACGCGAAUUAGUUAGCUAGCGCCUGUUUGGAAAAUGUCCACAUUGCGCAUGCGCGGCAGUACCCGUCGGUUUGUUUACUUUUGUCAAAUGGCGCUUAAACGCUUCCAUGUCUUUAAUUUAGAAAUAAUAACGUGAAAUAAAAUGCACCUUUCCGAGUUUUACUCACAGACUGUAUGGUUUUACUUGAGUUAGGUGGUUGAACCCGUGGUCCUGUUUUACAAACCCGCGUCCAAGCGAACCCGGAAGUAAGUAAGAGUGCGUUUUCUCGCUUCAGUGUCUUCGUCUUUCCCAGUGAACCCAUAGCAUCAGUGUCGUGAACAUCAGAGGUUUCUUGUUGUGGCGUGAUAUUAGAAGAUAUUAUGCCGUUCAGGCGAAGAUCAAGGGCUGCAGAUGUGAAGACUGACAAGUAAAGAUAUUGUGAUCCAUUAUGGGGAACACGCCGUCAAAGAGUGGCAGUGGAGAGGAGCCAGUCAAAACAACUUUGUUUGAAAAGGAGCCAAGUGGGAUUACAUACAGGAUUCCUGCUCUCAUUUAUCUGAGGCACUGUCACACCUUCCUCGCCUUUGCAGAAAAAAGAUCCUCCCCUUGUGAUCACGAUGCCAAGAUCCUUGUGAUGAGAAGAGGAACACUGAAAGAUGAUGGAUCUGUUCAGUGGUCAUCCAGUCAGGAGCUGUCAACAGCGUGUCUACCAGACCACCGCACCAUGAAUCCCUGCCCCGUGUAUGAAAAAAACAGCAAAACCCUGUUUUUAUUUUUCAUCUGCAUCUUGGGGAACACCACAGAGGCGCGGCAGAUCCUGACAGGUAAGAACAAGGCCCGCCUUUGCUGCAUCAGCAGCAGCGAUGACGGGCAAACCUGGACCCAAGCAAGAGACUUAACAGAAAGUGUGAUUGGGGAAGCCAUCCACAAGUGGGCCACGUUCGCCGUGGGUCCCGGCCACGGUGUUCAGCUGGAGAACGGAAGAUUGGUCAUCCCUGCGUACGCCUAUUAUGUCCCUUACAGAUGCUGUUCCUUCCCCAUUCCUUUCACAGUUUACCCACGUGCUCUGUCCAUUUACAGCGAGGACUUUGGACAGACGUGGCGUGUAGGAAAGAUGCUUCGGAAAAAGUCAUGUGAAUGUGAAAUGGCUGAAAUCAUAGACCAUGAGGGCAGGAGUCACCUUUAUUGCAAUGCUCGUAACUCCGGAGGGCACAGAUGUGAGGCCCUGAGCGAAAACAGCGGCGUGUAUUUUGACAAACCCCACGUGGCUGCAGAGCUUGUGGAACCACCUUCGGGCUGUCAGGGCAGUGUUAUCGGCUUCCCCGCCCCGGAAUUUGUCCCCAACGACGACGCCGAAAGCAAGGCUUGCGGCACCUCGCUCUUGUCUCCUGACACGCAAACCUGGCUCCUCUUCAUCCACCCAACCGACAAGUCCAGCAGAAGGGACAUGGGCGUGUACUUGAACCGGUCCCCCCUGCAUUCGUCAGGGUGGGACAGGCCCCGGAUCAUCCACAGGGGGCCCAGCGGCUACUCAGACCUGGCCUACAACGGAGACAAAGAUCAGUUCUCGUGCCUGAUGGAGUGUGGGAAAGAGAGUGAACUUGAGCAGAUUGCUUUCAUGUCGUUUACGCUUAAUGAUGUCAUGCAGACGGGCAGUAAGAAAGAAAAGAAGAUGCGUUGAUUUGCAGUUGCUUUAUUCCUGUGUUAACAAAAGCUCUCUUAAAAAAAAAAAAAAUACUCCUGCAACCUAAAAAAAAAAAAUCAGCCACUAAAUAUGCUGUGCAGUAACAUCUGUAUGUGUUUACUGUCGUUCUACUUUUUGGAGAUGAUAAUGCAUGCAUGAGUCGUGUGUCUUGUUGUCUCCUUGUUUACAUGAAAGGUAUUUCAAAUCUUAAUAGCAUUAAUAUGCAAGCAGCUGUGUGAGAAAGGAAACUAUUUUAAUAGGUUAGGAGGCAGAUUUCAAGCAUGCUGUGCUGAACUGUCAUCUUUUACACAGGCUUAAUGUGUGUGUGUGUGUGUGUGUGUGUGUGUGUGUGUGUGUGUGUGUAGCAUGUUUGACAAGCUCUUCAUACCCAUCCCUGCUUCUUAUUCAAACCGUCAGUGUGUCCUGAGCAGUGGAGAGAAUUUGCCUACCUCCUUUUUAUUUUCAUACGAAGUUCAUAGCAGGCCUUGUGUCGUAGAGCAUAGUUUGCUCCACGCUCUCGCUCUCUCCUUUACAUGUAGUAUAACUGAUUCACAUAUGCCUUCAACUCCACUGUUUAGAUUCAAGCUGUGUCACAAACUUUUCUUCUCCGUGCCACAAGGUUUGCAACAAGACCGUGCGGAAAGAAAGACAUUAUUUUUGCUUCUCACCACAUCCAGCUUACUGAUGAAGAGACCAACAUAACUGUACCACUAUCCAUGAGUCUUAAACACAGAUUAGGGAGAUUCUCGAGCUACAUCUGUCUAUAGCAUUUAGGAAACGUUGUAUUGUAUACUGAUUUUAAAUACAAUCAUUUAAAAAAAAAAGCAAUAUCUUACUUAAGGUAAAUGAUUUACUUAUUUAUGUUCUUUUCUCCACUUCAUUUAGCAUUUUUUUCUAACAGGCUUUCCCCCCUGGCAUCAUUAACUUCUGUAAAGUGGUCAUAGAAGCCAGGUAUGAUUGGCUGAAAGCAUGAAACAGCAUGUAACGACAGAUGAACACCCACUGUUUAAAAGCCACUUAUAUUUUGUACACAUUACUGAGUGACUUAGAAAUCCUCCUUUGCCUAAAAUGGUGAGGCUCAAAGCCUUGAGGCGGAUCUACACUAGUUUCAUUGUGUUUUUGUUGACUGUUGUGGAAAGUGACAAAACCUGCAUGAAACACGUAUUUUAGUAGAAAAUAAAAGUAACCUGUGAUCA